GCUUCGGCGCCCCAGCUGCAACCCGGAAGCAACCGCGUUGUCUGGCGGGCAGUGACGAGCUCUUGGGACCGACUGCACUGUUUUGCCCAGACGAUGGCCGGGACGGCGCUCAAGAGGCUAAUGGCGGAGUACAAACAAUUGACACUGAAUCCUCCGGAAGGAAUUGUGGCAGGCCCCAUGAAUGAAGAGAAUUUUUUUGAAUGGGAGGCAUUGAUCAUGGGCCCAGAAGACACUUGCUUUGAGUUUGGAGUGUUUCCUGCCAUCCUGAGUUUUCCACUUGAUUACCCGCUGAGUCCCCCAAAGAUGAGAUUCACCUGCGAGAUGUUCCAUCCCAACAUCUACCCUGAUGGCAGAGUCUGCAUUUCCAUCCUCCACGCGCCGGGCGACGAUCCCAUGGGCUACGAGAGCAGCGCUGAGAGGUGGAGCCCGGUGCAGAGCGUGGAGAAGAUCCUCCUGUCGGUGGUGAGCAUGCUGGCAGAGCCCAAUGACGAAAGUGGAGCUAAUGUGGAUGCCUCCAAAAUGUGGCGGGAUGACCGGGAGCAGUUUUACAAGAUCGCCAAGCAGAUCGUGCAGAAGUCUCUGGGGCUCUAGGGCCCCACCCAUGUGUGUGUGCACGUGCCACCGAGCAGUCUCCAGUGUUUCUCCUCCAGGACACUUAGUGACAGUGACACUCUGUGCUGGUACCAAAAAAGGCAAGCUUGCAGAACCGCAGCUCUGGUCUUCUUUGCCACCUCUCCCACCCCAAACAGGCUUCUCUUCUGAAAUUACAACUUCUGUAGAAUAAUGACAAUUGAAUGCAGCUUUAGAGCGUUCCGGCAAGGUGAUUCAGGCAGAUUGUCAGGCCGGCACCACUACCUCUCUCAGCUGGGCGCUUGUGCACCGCACAGUUACAGCUUCCCGCCCCUCCCGAGGGCUGGGGAGGAUGCGUGUUAGCCUUCCGGGGACCGGAACCAGUAAUGCUCCCUCCGAAGGACUGGGGCCUAGUGCCGAGGCAGAGGCCAGGCAGGCGCCCCUGCAGGUCCCCCCGGCUCCCCGUGCACCCCAGGAGCAGUGUGCUGCUGCUGCAGUGUGGUCUCUUACCAUGGUCUCUUACCAGCAGGUGUUUUUCUUACGACCCAGUCCCAUCUUCUUCAUUUGUUACGCAUUUCCAACCUACCACAGUUAGAAAUACUUCCAGGAAAUAGACUUUUCAAUUGUGGACUGAUGAACAGUGGGCAUGUGCAGAAGCUCGCUGCUAACCACACAGACCAGUGGUCUUUCCCGGUCACAUUUAUCAAAGAACACAGCCGUGUCUCAGUUACCAAUUCAGGAAAAAUGUGGGACUGAAAGGUUUAGUCACAGUUUCUUCUGGAACUACAGGAGUUUGUCUUUCCCAUUCUCAAAACUGGGGUGUUACAGGCUUUUGGACAUGCUUGGUCUCAGCAGGAACUGUUAACUACUAGGGCAGAAUUGUUCUUUGCAACUUGGAGUUGGCAGGGAUCCAUUGUUAGUGCAGUGCAGAGGCGUGCCUUACCUCCAAACUCGACCGGCGCCCGUGGAAGUGUGGCACGCCAGGCCCUCGCCCUGUGGGCACAAACCACGUGCUUGUGGUUUGUGGUUUUGAUGCGGUCGGCCUUCAAUGUAGGCGGCUCAGCAGCGUGAUGCCGGGGUCCACUAUGAGCAAUAACAGAUUUGUUGCAUGCAGAAUCACACAUUCGGCCUGCUUCAAACAGGUUACAUUUAAAUAGGAUUUAUAUUUUUGAAAUAAGGGACAGCCUCCAAGACAUAGAAUAGAUUUUACUGUAAUUUCUCCUCCCCUUUCACGUUGUGUCUGGCGGACGGGCGUGGCUUCUGCUGUGCUGCCACCUCACGUGAUGUCUUGGGUUGGCGAGUUCUGGCUGAAGGGUUCCGUAUUGGGCCUCGGUGGAAACCAGGGUCUCUCCUUCUCAGAGGGCAUCUUUUAAGGUUGGGAAUUCAGUACAGGACCUGCUUUUGGAAGGGGAGGAAAGGAGACAUAUUCACCUAAGCCGUAUUUGCAGGCCCAUUUAUAGGAGGCAGAGCCCUCUCCACGGAGAGGAAAAGCAGUGGGGACGUGGUGUGUGGACACGGCAGGAGCGUGGGCAUUGCAGCCACAUCAAUAGUGGCCACGGGGGCUUCCAUGAAAUCUGGAGGAAGAAGGGAGGCGGUCUUUUGCAAAACAAAGUAUUUUUAUUAGUUUGUAUUUAUUAAAUGGAAAAGAGAGAAUCCCCUGGUUAAAAAUAAAGUUAUAUAUUUUUCCCCA